ACUCAGGUGGAAAAUGUGACGAAGGAAUUGUUCUGAUGGGGAGUUGUGCUUUCUCCAGAUGAGACCCCAGAAUGAUUUACCGAAGGGCUAUUCAUUUUAAUCAUUUUGUGUAUUUUUAAAUUAAAUUUAGUACUUCAGCAAUUUUAUAUUUACAAUUGAAUAUUUUUAAUUGCUCUUAGAGGUUUAUUGUUCUUGCUUAUCUUCAAAUAUCAGAUAAGAAAAACUAUAGAUAUUUUAAUAUGUUCUUCAAUAUUAAAGCGGUAAUUUUCUUAAAGUUUCUUCACAUAAAAAAAUCAAAAGACUGUUAAUUAUAAUGAUUACUUAUAAAGUUUUACAGAAUUUUCAGACUUUCAACUUAAUUCAGAUUUGUAAAAGGAUAGUUUGACUCAAACGAGAAAUUUUAUGGAAUUCAAAUUCUUUAGUAAGACUCACAAAAGAAAAAAAGUCUAACAGAUUUGACCAAAAGUACAUAAACUACGCCAUUACGUUACGUUAAAUGGGUCCGGCCGGAGACUAACUUUUACAUUUAUUGGGUUUAUUUUCUGGCUGGGGCUAGGCUACCUUUUCAAGUACACAAGUACUAUAUAGUGACGAGAUAAGAAAUUCCUCAUUUACGUCUCAAGAACAUGAUUCAAAUAGGCAAUGUAGCAUAUGGCGAGUUUUAGUAUUUCAAUUUUAGAAAGCUUCUUAUCCGGUGGUAGGGUUGGUAGAAGUUUCCUUAGUUCCGAGAAGGCCACAUUGAAUGCCUCUACUCGAAUCCUCUCCCUUGUGGCAUGAGCUGUCCUGUACUUCUGUGUGGCUCUCCGUCUACGGCGACGUUCUUCGCGCGAUAAACCCACCAAAUCGGAUGAUUGAAUGUGAGGAUCGACGCUGUAGGAUUUCCGUCGUGUGGGGACACUGGUUGUGGCGGCAUUCAUUGCUUCCAUUCCCAUGGGCACGCCGGCUGUGGUACUUCGUGCUAAUGCUGCAUUUUGUGUGGGAAUUAUUGCAUCGAUAUCGUACACCAUCCCCUUUAUGUCUGGAUGCUCUGUGCCACCUGCAACCCCUUUCGUUUGUUCACGCAAAGUAAUUUUAUCACCAAACACUGCCUAUGUGCACCACAGGCAAGUUAAAUAGUCAUGUGUGAGGAAAGAAUUUUAACUUCUGCACACGCACUGCAUGGAAUUUUUGUCACGUCCCUCAAUAUGCAGUUAAAUUAAAUAUUUAAUAUCCUUCGAAGACUCUCAGUCGUAAAAUAUAUAUUUUUUAAGCAAAUAAAAUUGGGAAAUUCAUAUCCAAAUAGGGAAUACUUUUAUGAUUGCUAGUUUGUGACUUUCUCUGCAAAAUUGCCAAAAGGAACUGAUGAGAUUUUCUCAGGAAAAUUUCACAGCAUCCCAAAAAGUGGAAAAUUCUGUACCAAAUCAGAGCGAGAUGAAGGGAUGUAGUGUAUUUUCCGUCCAAUUGGAACAUUUCCUAUUUGGAAAACCCACCCUCGAGAAUUUUCCCUCAGCCAAUCGUUGCGCAAUUCUCAUCCCCCAUAUAAAGUUGCAUUUGGAAAUAUCUAUAUGAAAACCUUGACUAGUUGAAUUUGCAUUUACUUCUUGUUCUCAAUACAAUAUUUUGUCGUGGAAUCGACAUAACAAAUCUUCUAGGUGGUAGCCACACGGACAAAAAAAGGAGUGUUUCCUGAAAGCAGCAGAUUCUCAAAAUGGGAAUAAUAGAGGGGAAUGGUCGCUAUGGUAAAUAUUUUUGCGAUGAUUAUCAUUCAUAUUUCACUGAUAUUGUGAUUGUUUGGAAAAAAAGUGUAAGUUGGAGUAUAAAAAUUACAAGACUUUGCAUAAUAAAUAAGUCAGGACCUAUAGGUACUUUUUCGUAGAAAAUGAACGAUAUUCCACCAGUCCAGUUAACUUUGAGGAAGUGCUGAGUUGUUUCAAUGACUAAAAUAUCGAAGCAAGUGGUUAUAACGUUUUAUUUUACAGCCUAAGUGCAAAGAGACUAUUUUCAUGCAUAGCAUAAUUUUUUUGUCACGUUGGAAAAUUGAAUUUUCUAUUAUUUGUUUUUAAACAUUUUUAAAAGUGGGAUUUCGAACGGAUUUAUGAAUAAUAGAUAAGAUUUUAUAACAUCACUUAUUUCAUUAAAAUAUUUGAUUUUUAAGCUAUUCUAUUUUUGACCUAAUUGACGAAGAAAUCAAUACGAAAUUUUGAGACUAACAGCAACUUAAGAAAGAGAAACUGAUAGAAAUGUUCCAUGUAGAUUAAAUUCAGGUAUAGAAAGGGUUCAAAGAAUAAUCACAGGGACAGCAACAUACCGCAGCUUACCUUUCAUUUCAAUGUGUAUUCAGAUUCGAUUAUUCUAUGCGUAUUAUUUAUAGUUAUUUUGUCUUUUCCUAAGCAAACAAACCUCAUUUGGCUCCGUUAUAGGUAUCUGGUGCAUCAGAAUGUAAAAAAUUGUCCAUUAAAUUUUUUUUUGAUAAUCAUUUUGGAUAUUUGUGUGUAUUGUGCAAAAAAGGAUAACGCAAUGUCUCGCAAUUUUCACUGCAACCAGGUAAAAGAAAAAAUUAAUAUAAUACAAGAAAGAAUUUUCUUUCUGCAUUUUCAAUUUCAUUUCCCAUCUCCGACACACAUCAUUCAUCCUCCAUCAAAAAUUACAGCAAUUUUUUUUCUCAUGAGGUUUAUAAAUAAUCAAAAGUGUUGAAUUAUUCUUUGUCAAGACCAUAAAAAAAACUUUGUGAAUGGGUUUGCAAAAAAGGGGUAAGUAGGACAAACGAAAAGACAUGAUAAUUAUGGGGAUGGGAAUUACUAUAAUAAUUUUCUUCGGUUGCAUUCAAUCAAUCUUUUAGGCAUAACACACAAACGACAUGCAUGCGGUUUCCCAUUGGCACGUGCCUUUAUGGAGAUUUUUUAACGAAAAAUUGAGAUGUAAGAGAGAUGUUUGUAAAUUAUUCACACAAAGUAUCAUCCCACUCAUGUGGGUGAUGUGAAGAGGCGCGAAAAGACGCAAUCAAUUUCUGUCAUCACCCCCAAAUACAUGCUAAAAUGGAUUUUUAACUCAAUUAGAGUCACGUGCAGUAUGUGGGUGAAAUUGUAUAAUUUUCCGUGAGAGGAAAAGUCCCAUUGUGCCCAGUGAGAUGAUGCGUAAAAGUAGAAUUUGAAGCAUUACAACACCCUUACCGUUUUCACCCAGAGAGACCAGAUAAAUACUUUUGGGCCCAUUGAGGCACAUAGAGGGAGAUUGAUCGCAUCAUAUGCGGAAGAGGAAAAUUCCCACUAGACUAUCCUAAUUAUAAUUUCCAAUUUCUCGGAUUACAACUCAUCUAAUUGACAAUCAAUAAAAAAGUAACACUUGUUUCAUUGUCAUUCCUUAAUCCAAUACGGUAUUUAACUGCAUUUGCACUAACGGCCUUCUCACCCUAUUUAACUACAUAGCCAUAGUAUAGGUACAUGUGAGGGCUGCCUACCCUUUGGAAAAAAAAUCACCAGCUAUAUGGGGGUGAGAGGCUCAAGAACACGUGGUUGAAAAGAUUUCCCAUGUCAAAUAGAGGGACGACGACUGUAAACAGAGAUUAAAUGCCCUCCUCUUAUCGAAAAUGAAGGGGUUAGAGGAGUGACAAAGUCAGGAGAUUGGAAACAAAUUUUCCGCAAUUAUUUAAAAUAUCCUGGCAUAGAUUUCUUUUGAAUUUAUAAUAAUUUAAGUAGAUCAUGGAUGAAGAAAACAGGAUGGUACACACACAGAAAGAAAGCAAUAAGAUCUUUUAAAAAAAAUCAACUAAAAAGAAAAUCAUCACAAAAAAUAAAUUUUAAAAAUAAAAUGCUAGCUUACCCAUCUGUUCCCCUUUCGAAUGAUUCUACUAACAAAUUGUCCCUCUGCAAGGACAUAAAAAAACGAGUGGAUUUAGAAGCAUUUAAAAAAAAGAGGGACAUAUGUAAGGAAAAUCCUGAAAUUACUGCGUGUAAGUGAAUCCUCCAAAUCCAUUGUUUAUUCUCUCAAUGCGAAUCCCUUUUAGAAUAAAUAUGACUAAAUGGUCCUCCAGAUUGUCCCACCUAAUCCCUGGUAAAAUACAAAAAAAAAUCAAGAGCAAUUAAUCAUGUCAAAUUGUAUCGUUGCAUGGGGCACACAGUUUGAGUGUGAAUUUAGACCGGUGGUUCUAUCGAAUUGGGAGGUGCCAAAGAAAAAUGUAACGCGUCCCCGCCACCGAAGAGGCCCCACAAGGGUCAUUGCCAAUGAUAGAGGUCAUCUACUAAAGCCCUCACGAUCACUCAUCAAUCGCACAUCAUCAUUUGCAUCACAAAAUGGUACGGGGCACAAGGAAAAGAAUAACGGGCAUUGUCCCAACAUUUCUAGCGCUAAAACCCAUAGAAAGGAUUCUUCCGAGGGAAAGAAUACAAAAGGAAAUACUUUUCCGGAAAUUGCGGGAGAACCCCAAGUGAAGCAGAAGUCUGAAGAUAAACUGAGCAGCAGAAAUCCUACUGAGCAGGGAAAUCACAGUUGUGCAAGAAAAACUAAUCCUGAAAUUAGCGAACCGACAAAUUCCGCAGAAGUAAAUAAUUCCGAAGAGUGUGGGAGUCAGGGAGCUGAUAGGUGUGGGAAGAACACCAUAGCACCACUGCCGAGUAUAAUUCAGGAGGCAAACAAUUUACAAAGUAACGACUGCGUACUGCUUGGUGAAUUCGAAAAGGAAGACCCGCACGGAAGAUCCUCCGAGAUGGAUGCUACGUACUGCAACUUCCUUGUUGCCAGGAAAAUGGCACAGGAGAAUCUCGAGCAUCAACCACUGCCUGAUGCUGUAAUGGAUUGUGCCUAUAGAAAACUCCAAGCAGGUGGAGAUCUCCAUCCGGGACUUGCACUCGAUGUCAUUCCCCUAGCCACAGGAGUCGGCGUAAAGAGCUACAAAGCAGGUCCAACACAGUGCACAAAAAUGCGUGUUUAUCGUCCCAAGACUUGUGGAGUAACCCCACAACCACUGGAUAAAGCUGCCCUAGGCUAUCGACCUCAUUCUUCCAUAACAAUAAAAGAUAAAAUGGGACCGAUGGAUUUAGCAAUUUGCUGGGAUUAUCGCCCCAGUGAUCCUCGGGAUGAACCCCUACGACCAACUCAUAUCGAUGGAUCAAACGGAUCUGUUGCUCCUGCUGUAUUUACUCUCGUCAAAACUCCCCGGGACAACACACCCAUGGCUACUGGACGAUCAGGAGGUGUAUUCUCUAGUACAAUGCGCGAAGAGGGAUUUUUCGAUAAGGACGUCCUUAAGCAGAAGACGGAAAUGAAGAAUGCUAACAUUUUGGGGCGCACAUGUUGCUGUGGUGAGGGUGCUGGUGCACGAAGCCGAAGUGCUCUGACCAUGAACGUCCCAGCUGUAGAGCAUCCAACUAGUCGUCCAAAGAGUGUUUCUCGUGCUGCAGAAGUUCAAGAAUCCAAACCUCUAAGUCGCACAUACAAGAGCUCCCCGAAUCUCGUGGAACUCACUGAGGGUAAUCAGAAUGAAUGCAAAUUGGUGUGCAUCAAACAUACACCGAUUUUGGUGGAGACAAAGAGAAGACCUUCUGCCAAACCACAGCGACCGAUGCGUCUUUGUGAGUACACCAAGGCUAUGGAGGCUCAGCAGCAGCAUGGACACAACAACGUGAGGAGUGAUUCAUCGGGAAAUUCUGACAGUGGAUGUGGUCAGAGUAUUUCAUCAAAUGGCUCUGCUAAGUACGUGAAAGCAAGAAAAGCCGUCAAGGUGCCCAAGCCGAGAGAUCCAUACGCAAAGAAGAACUACAAUAUUGAAACUCUCGCACCACCUUUUGCUUGCUGGCGCGGUGGAGCUGGACAGGGAGGAUAUCCGGAGAUUUGGCGCCUUGCCAGUGUCUACCAGCAUGCCUACAAACCAAUUGAGCAACGCAAAAGGACUCUUCUUGCAACGGUUUAUCAGUAA